GACCUGGCACCGCCUCCCCCAGCCCUGAGCCCAGGGCAGCUCGGCGCGCAGCCUGAGCUUCGGGACCCGGGCGCAGAGGGAAGCCGCCGCCGCCCUGGGCCUUCGGGGCGUCGGGCGCUGCCGGCCUUCCGUGGAGAUGUGACCCGAAUCCGCCGCCCAUGUGGGGCUCCAGACCCCCAGCGAGGGCGGCGGCCAGAAGGGCCCCGGAGCCCGGCCGUCCGGCCCUCCCACUGCUGCUGCCGCCUCUGCUGCUGCUGGCGGCCGCGCCAACGGGACGUGCAGUUCCUUGUGUCCCAGGCGGUUUGCCUAAGCCUGCAAACCUCACCUUCUUAUCCAUAAACAUGGAGAAUGUCCUGCAGUGGAGUCUCCCCGAAGGCCUGCCAGAAGUGGGAGUUACGUACACUGUGCAGUAUUUCAUAUAUGGGCAAAAGAAAUGGCUGAAUAAAUCCGAAUGCAGAAAUAUCAGCAGGACAUCCUGUGAUCUCUCUGCUGAAACUCAUGACUAUGAGCAUCAGUAUUAUGCCAGAGUAAAGGCCAUUUGGGGAACUAAUUGUUCUAAAUGGGCAGAAACUGGACGAUUCUAUCCUCUCUUAGAAACACAAAUUGGCCCACCAGAGGUUGCUUUGACUCCUGGUGAAAAAUCCAUUUCUGUUGUUCUGACUGCUCCAGAGAAGUGGAAGAAAAAUCCAGAAGAAAGUUCCAUUUCCAUGCAACAAAUAUACCCUAAUCUGAAGUACAACGUGUCCAUCUACAAUACCAAGUCCAACAGAAUGUGGUCUCAGUGCGUGACCAACCACACGCUGGUGCUCAACUGGCUGGAGCCGGACACUCUGUACUGCGUUCACGCGGAGUCCUUUGUCCCCGGGCCUCCUCGCCUCCCUCAGCCUUCCCAGAAGCGGUGUGUCAGUACUUUGAAAGAUCAGUCAUCAGCAUGGCAGGUUAAAGUCAUCUUCUGGUAUGUUUUGCCCAUAUCCGUUACCCUGUUUAUCUUUUCUGUGAUGGGCUUCUCCGUGUACAGAUACAUCCACGUUGGCAAAGAGAAACACCCAGCAAACUUGAUUUUGAUUUAUGGAAAUGAACUUGACAAAAGAUUCUUUGUACCUGCUGAAAAAAUCAUGAUUAACUUUAUCACCUUCAAUAUUAUGGAGGAUUCUAAAAUUUCUCCUAAGGGUAUCAGUGUGAUGGAAAAAAGCAAUGAUGUGUCAGACCUGAAUGAGCCCAGCAAGGGCCAGGAGCCCAGUCAAGAAGAAAUGGAGGUGAAACACUUAGGGUAUGCUUCACACUUGGUGGACGAUUUCUGGGAUGCUGAGCAAAGCUCCAGAGGGCUUCUCCUGACCCAGCAAGAGUCACUCAGCAGAACAAUACCCACAGAUAAAAUGGUUGUGGAAUAUGGAUAUGACGUAAGAACUACUGACAUUCCUGUGGGGCCUGGAGACCAAGAGCUCAGUUUGCCGGAGGAGGUGUUCCUACCAGGAAAAGUGUCUGAGCACCAGGCAGCCUCCGCAGACUCGGGCCUGCACACACUACUGUAUUCAUACGCCCCUCAGCUCAGGGACCUGGACCACCUGCCAGAGGAGCAUGCGGACCCAGAAGAGGGGCCAGAAGAAGAGCCAUUGACCACACUGGUCGACUGGGACCCUCAGACUGGAAGGCUGUUUAUACCUUCAUUAUGUAGCUUUGAACAUGACUCAGAGGUCUGUGAGCAUCCUGAGUACAAGGAGCUCCCAGACAAGAGCCUUUUGUCUAGACUUUACGAGGAACAGCCUUCAGACAAGCCUCUGGAAGAAGAUGAAACCUAUCUGGUGCGAUUUUUGGAGGAAUGGGGAUUGUAUGUACAAAUGGAAGACUAACACCCAAACUCCCCUCCCUUACAAAGCGCACAAGUGUGAACAAUUGAGUGACUGAGCAAUAAAGUACCUGGGAUAAAAGAAGUUUACCCAUAUUUUACCCAUAUUUCUCUGUGUCUGGGAGAACUGCUUAUUUCUUCUCUCUCUUCCCAUAGCACUUGUUUUAGUCUGUCUCCUAUGGGCGGUUGGUCUGUGCCUAGGGAUCUUCAACAGUGAUGGCGGGCCCUGGGGUGCCAUGGCUGACACACUGCUUUGUAUCCAGUAAGAGCUCCAAAAUUUUUGCCAGAUUGGAUGCCGAAUGUGUUCAGGCGGAUGUACAGUGGCGUCUUUGUGAUUUUCUAAUAAGCACACUUCCACAGUUAUUUUCUGGGUACUUAAGUGUGUAAGUAACACUGCAAAAAAUAUUUCAUGUCAUAAAUGCUACUUUUUUAGAAUUUGACUUAUUGUUAGAAGAAUGAGAUAUAUGAAACACACAAAUAUCACUGAGUGGGUGGUAAAGUUGGUCACACUCAGGGACCCUAACCCACCAUCGAAUCAAUAAUACAUGUGCAAAGUAAACAAGUCAAGCACAGAUCUUCUUGAUAUCACACACUUUUUGGCUAUUUUAAGUAGUCAUAUUAAUACUUUAUGAGAAGUUUUGAAGUGUAAACAUAAAUUGUAAUUAUUAUUUUGUAGUCAGAAAAUGUCCUCUCAGGAACUUAGUAGGGACUUUUUAGUAGGGGACUAGCCUGAAAGAAAACAACACAUUUUAUAAUGGAAUAUUACACUUAUUUCUAGAAAGGUUUUUAUUUAAUUAACUUCAUUGGAGUGACAUUGGUUAAUGAGAUUAUACAUAGGGGUCAAGUAUACAUUUCUGUGAUCCAUGAUCUGUACAUUGCAUUGUGUGCCUACCACCCAGAGUCCAGUCAUCUUCCAUCACUGUAUAUUUGGCCUUCUUUAGCCUUACCAGCCCCCACCCCUCCCCUCUGGUAACCACCAUACUGUUGUCUGCGUCUAUGAGUUUCAGUUUUCUACCCCACAUAUGAGUAAAAUCAUAUAGUUCUUAGCUCUUUCUGACUGACUUACCUCACGUAGCAUACUAUUCUCAAGGGUCCAUCCGUGUUAUCACAAAUGGCAGUAGGUUGUCUUGGGCUCAGUAGUAUUCCACUGCGUACAUACACCACGUCUUCUUUGUCCAGUCCUCUACUGAAGGACACUCUGGUUGUCUCCAUGUCUUCACCACUGUGAACAAUGCUGCAGUGAACAUAGGAGCACAUGUAUCUUUGUGAAUAAAUGUUUUUGAGUUUUUCAGGUAGGCACCCAGAAGAGGAUUGCUGGGUCAUAUGGCAACUCUAUUCUUAAUUUUUUGAGGAACAGCCAGUCUACAUUCCCACAGCUGUGGAACCUUUCUUCUCUGCAGCCUCCCCAACACUAGUUGUUACUUGUCUUGUCGAUAACAGCCAUUCUAACAGGUGUGAGGGGGUAUCUCAUUACAGCUUUCAUUUGCAUUCCCCUACUAGCUAGUGGAGUUGAGUAUCUUUUCAUAUGUCUGUUGGCCAAUUUUAUAGAUCUUCCUGGGAGAAGUGUCUGUUCAGGUCCUCUGCCCAUUUUUAAUUGGAUUGUUUGUUUGGUGUUGAGCUACAAUGAUUAAAGCAGCAUGGUAUUGGCAGAAAAACAGACACACAGAAUGGAACACAAUUGAGGGCCUAGAAAUAAAACCACAUGUAUAUGCGCAAAUAAUUUUUGACAAAGGAGCCAAAAACAACAAUGAAGAAAAGAAAGCCUCUGCAAUGAAUGGUGCCGGGAAAACUGGAAAGCCACGUGCAAAAGAAUGAGACUAGAUUACAGUUUGUCCCCACAUGCAAAAAUUAACUUGGAAUGGAUCAAAAACCUAAAUAUAAGAUCUGAGACCAUAAAUUGCAGAGAAGAAAGGAUAGGUACUAAACUCAGGAAUCUGGACCUUGGAGAACAUUUUCUCUAAAGGCAGGCGAAGUAAGGCAAAAGUAAAUGGAUGGGGAUAGAUCAGAGUAAAAAGUUUCUGCACAGCAAAAGAGCGGCCAACAAAACAAAAAGGCAGCCAACGGAAUGGGAGGUGAUAUUCACAGACAGUAGCCUUGGCGAGGGGUUAAUAUUCAAUGCAUAUGGAAAUGUGUUUUGUAAGAUGUUUACAUAGCCUGUAACUAGAACAUGUUUAGCAGUUGAAACAAUGUGUGACUAUUACAUUACUCUAUUAAAAUGGACAGUGUCUCAAAGACUACUUGGAAUAUGUAUGAAUGGAUAUUCCUCAUCUACACAAUCUUAAGAUGAAUAAGUAGACAAAGACGUACAAAAGAAAUAGGUUAAAUGAACAUGGAAGGUUAAGUGUAUUAAACAUGUGACCUACUUCACUGUGGAAACUAAAGAGUACCAUAAAACAACACCAUCCUAGUUAACUUCCAGUAACUAUUCCAAUCCCCUUCACCAUUCACUUAGAAAAGUAAACUCUAUAGUUACACUGCAUUAAACUAUGACAGAAUUUAUUAGGUUGAACCAUGUAAAAUUGUUAUUUGACUAGUUUUGACCUGCAGAAACAGCAAUUUCAUAUGAUUUACCUUAAUACAUAUUUAUUUUAAUCACAAACUCAUAAUCCAUUGAAGCUCUUUCAGGAAAACAGAUAUCCAUAUUUCCUUAUUAAUAUUUUUGGCACAGGCAGACGAUGCUGGUAGAGAUGGACGUCAUGGUCUGGAGUCAUGGUCUUUUGAGAUUGUCCACAAAUCCAAACAGCUUCUGAUCUAAUGAUUUAAUUUGGAGCAUAAUUAUAUUAAACAGAGUGUUCUGUUCCUCUCAAUGUUUAUAAAAGUGACUCUGCCAGUUUUGAAGAACAGGUUUAUAAUACUGUAAAAGGAGAGCAGAUGUGGGAAACAAUGGGUUGUUACUAAGAGCAAAAAGAAAAUAAAGUGAUUGAUGAUAGUUUGGCUUAUUUCAUUCACAAAAACUUAUUGAGCACCUACUAUGCCUUACACUGUCCUCAUCUAUGAACUAAGGAUGACGACUCACUUAGGGUUGCUCUGAGGAUAGCGUUAGAGUACAGAAGGCACUUAGAACAGUGCCUGGCACAUAGUGAGUGCUACAUAUGUGUGUGUUUGUUGUCAUUAUCUACAGCAGAGAGCGUGCUUCACACCAGAAAGAGAAGCCAUUUAGACAAUGCGACUAUUUCUAUGCAAAAGCGGAGUUGGCCUCACUUUGUUUUUCUUACCUGAAAGUACAAUAGUAAUUUGCUUCCCACUUUAUGCCUUCAGGUUGAAACCCAUCAAGGGUUUUAUAGAAAGGAAUCUAAUUCUGAGUUGUUUUUGUAUCUUUUGUCAGUCUAAGCAAGUCAGAACUAUUGAGCAUUUUCAAAAUUUUGUUGCUUCAGUAUUGUGCAACAUAUGUACACACAUGCACAUUGAAAUGUGAGCACAUAAGAGGUAUUUUUAUGGGGAAGGUAGCACCUUCUUAGAUUCUGAGUGUGUCUGUGUGGGCAGUGCCCACCGGGCAGCCUGUCACCUGUUUUUAGGGCUCAGCAGCUCCAAGAAAUCAUUUUCUGGGACCUUAUCGAGUUCCAUCCCCAAGCCUGAGGCCUCCAGAGCUGGGAAAUGGAGGUUUCAGAAUCUUGGACAAGUACGCUUUAUUCGCUCACUGGCUUUUCAUUAGCUCUAGGAUUUUUAUACCUCUUCCACGUUAGGUAGUUUUCCUUGUGAACACAUCUAUUAGUAGCUCUUUUUCUGCAAGAGGUCAUAAAUUCUGAACAACUGGGUAAAUGAAAAUACCCCACCAGAAAGUGAGUGAAACCUGGUCCCACAUUUUGCACAAAGGAAGAGAGUAUGUAAAGAAGGACACUUGUCCCCGAGGUCUACGAAAUGGAAAAGAUCGGGUGCCCCCAGCUGAGCUGGAUGCAGAGGAAAUCAGUGCCGAGAAAAACCACUGGUACAGGCAGGAGUGCACGUCUGCCCGGCGUGGUGAGUGGAAUGAGAACCUCAAACAGGGCUCCGUCGGCAUGGACUGUACCCCGGGUCAUCAGUCAGAGAAAGCAGGUUCCUUCUUUACCACCCCCGUGCCCUGAGGUGAAUUUUUGCUACAUUAUCUUAGAAGAACUGUUUUCCUCUAUUUUAUUUUCUUUGUGGUUCCUCACAUUAUAUCUUCCAUAAUGCUUGUACCUACAGUUUUUCCAAAGAACUCGGUCAAAA